UUACACACGAAAAGUUAGUUAAGAAAAAAAAAAAUGGAGAAACAGAACAUUAUCACAAACACUUCUUCUUCUUCUUGGAUUCGUGGUUCUUGUAUUGGACGAGGUUGUUUUGGUUCCGUAAGCAAAGCUUUGAGUAAAAUCGACGGUGGAGUUUUCGCCGUGAAGUCAGUAGAUCUCGCCACGUGUCUUCCUUCUCAAGCCGAGUCGUUAGAGAACGAAAUCGUUAUUCUCCGGUCGAUGAAGUCUCAUCCAAACAUAGUGAGGUUUCUCGGUGAUGACGUGUCUAAAGAAGGGACGACGUCGUUUCGUAAUCUUCAUUUAGAGUAUUCACCGGAAGGUGACGUGGCAAGCGGUGGAAUUGUUAACGAAACGCUUCUCCGGCGUUACGUGUGGUGUCUUGUCUCUGCUUUGAGUCACGUUCAUGCUAACGGAAUUGUUCACUGCGACGUUAAAUCUAAGAACGUUCUUGUGUUUAACGGUGGUAGCUCCGUUAAGCUAGCGGAUUUUGGAUCGGCGGUUGAGUUUGAGAAAUCGACGGUUCAGGUUUCGCCACGUGGAAGUCCGCUUUGGAUGGCUCCGGAGGUGGUUAGACGUGAGUACCAAGGACCGGAGAGUGACGUGUGGUCUUUAGGAUGUACGGUCAUAGAGAUGCUCACCGGAAAACCAGCCUGGGAAGAUCACGGUUUCGACUCGCUGAGUCGGAUCGGGUUUUCUAACGAGUUGCCUUUUAUUCCGGCGGGAUUAUCGGAACUCGGGAGAGAUUUCUUAGAGAAAUGCUUGAAACGUGAUCGGAGUCAGCGGUGGAGUUGUGAUCAGCUUUUGCAGCAUCCAUUUCUUUUUCAAGAUCAUCAUGACUCGUUCUUGACCGAGUCGUCUCCGCGUUGCGUUCUUGACUGGGUCAACUCGGAGUUCGACGAAGAAGAAGAGAGCAACGAGUCGAGACCAGAAUCCACGGUUUCAGCAAUGGCAAGGAUAAGUAAAUUAGCGAUGACCGAAGGGGCAAAUUGGGAAUCUAAUGGUUGGACUGAGGUUAGAGACACUUCCGAAGAGUCGGGGACAAUAAAGGAAGUUCCUGUUUCAACAAGGGUAGAAUUGGGAUUUAACACAUCAUCGGAGUCGUCGAGCGAUGAUUUCGUAAGACAGCCGGAAAAUGAAGAGUCGGCGACGGAUUUGGCGUCGGCAAUGACGUGUGAAGCAGACAAUAAAUAUGGUAAUAAGGAAGAGAAAAUGGAAGAUGACGAUGAAGUGGUGGGCAACGUUGAGUUGGCUUACCACAACUCAUAAGUUUUUCAAUUUAGAAAAAAGUAUCAACAUAGAUAAUAUACGUUUAAAUUAAAG